AGGCGUAUCCUGGCAGGCCCGGGACAUUGCUGAGCUGUGAGCACAGCCUGUAGGCAUCCAACUGCUCUCGGCCAGCUUGAGCCGGGGCCCCUUCCAGCCCCUUCCAGCACCCCUCAGGCCCCCUCCUUCCCCCUCCCCCAGAGGCCUCCUGUGCUUUUCUUCCCCUAGCCGCAGCCCCUUCUUCCAAAUGCCUUCACUCGGCUCCCGUCCCACCUCAGACUCCCCUCGGCCCCUCUCAGCCCUGAAAGGCCGCCUCCUCCUGUCCGGCCCCCUCAGCCUCCAGCCACCCUUUCCCUGCCCCAGUCCGGCAGAGUCCUCGGCACAGGCUGCCAGGAUGGUCUCCCCUGGGGGCCGCCCUGCCACCCCCUGCUUCGAGCCUCCCUGUGGCCUCAGGGCUGAGCCUACACUUCUCACCUUGGAUUUGAGAGGAAUGCGAAGUGUGGCUGAGGCCUGCCUCGAGGGCCUCGCAGCCUGACCGCUUGUGACUCACAAAGUACCGCUCGGCCUCACCAGGCUUGUCGCACGGAGGCCCCGCCUGAGCCGGCUCUGUUUCCCCGCGGCCGCCCAUCUCCUUACUUGGCCUUGAGCGCUGGAGGGCAGGGGCUGCGUCUCGACCCCGCGUGGAGCCUGCGUCCACUCAGGUCAGGUGUCCUCGGAGCACCUGCCGUGUACUGGCUGCCCACGGAGCCGCAAACACAGGCACCAGGCAGUUCAUCGCACACGUCACGCGUGUCGGGGACGAGCAUUUGUAGAGUGGAUGAGAUGUGCAGAGGCUCAGAGUAAGAGAGCAGCUCUGGCCCCGGGCCCCCUCCUCACUCCUGAGUCUGUGGCCCCUUGGGUGCACCCAGCUGGCCCCGGUUCUGUAAGCGCUGGUGAGAGUUGUCCUGGGGGACCUGGAGCCAGCUGCCUGCAUUCAGAUCCACGCUGUGCCACCUGUUAGCUGGGUGACCUUGGACAAGUCACCUAGCCUCUCUGUGCCUCGGUCUGCUUCUCUGUAGAGCAAGUGUGGUCAUGGUCUGUCCUUCUGAGGCCGGUGUGAGGAUUGGGUAACAGAUAUGAGGCGCCUAGCACAGGGCCCACAAUUGCUAACUAUUCAGUAAAUAUGUGCUGUCGUCAUCAUAAAUGUAGUAGUUGUUCUUCCGUGAACGGAUUGCCUUAAAUGUGAUUUUUAUCCUUGUCUGUGGAGGAGAUGGUAGCCUUCCUCUCGAUAGCCAUUCUUCCCUUAGUCCUGAGUAGUGAGGUCCUGAUUCUUAGCUGGCCUGAUUGUCCAGCUUCCCUUGGUGAAGCCACAUGUCUGAAUUUUGGCCAAGAAAAUGCAAACAGAUGUGGUGCAAAGGCAGCAGCUAUUCCCUCUUCUUCCGGUCCUCUGUCCUGUUCCUGGGCAUGAUGGCUGGCGCUCUGGCUGCCACCUUGGACAGUGAGGAGGAGGCCCCUUCAGGGGGUGGUGGGAGGUGAUCAGGGGGGAUCGUGGAGCAGGUCCAAAGCCAGCUCUGGACUGCCCUUCUCCAGCCCUCUUUUACAUGGCAGAGAAAGAAACUUCUAUCUAGUUUAAGCCUCUUUGGUUGUUUCCUGUUACACACAGCUGAAUCUAAUUCCAAAACAUCUCUCUUUUCAGCAAAUGCCAGCUAAUUUUAGCACAGGCUACAGAAAGGAAAAUAAUGAAAAAUCAGUCAUCAAAACAAAUAAUAAAACAUGUCCUAAGUCAAGUAUCAAAGACUUCUGCUGAGUACAACUAAUAAACAUAGGAACCCCUCCCCCGCCAAAACCAAAAGAACACAAACCAAAAACAAAAAAGGCAAGAGAAAGAAUUAAGCAAUGAUGUCGUAUCAGCCAUAGUUUGCCUAUUAGUUUUUUCUUAAAAACUUAAUAUAUGUGGGUGUGCAAAGCAGGCACUGUGCUUGCUGGGUGUGGUUGAGGCUUGGUUUAACUCUUCAGGGAAAGAAAUUUGGCCACAGGUACCGUGAGUCAGUCCUCCCUCUGAAGACAGUGUCUGAGGGAAACCCUUGGACGCACUGAAAGGGACCCGUAUCAGUGGGCACGUUUAUUGGCUGCCCAGCAUGGAAAUUUCUUCCCGUGUCUGGGGGUCCCCCUGCCUGGAAUGAGGGUGCAGUUGGUUGGUUUAGCUAACGUAAUGCACGGCCCUGGGCUCCACUUAGGGAGGGGCUAACUCGAGCAGGGGCAGGGGCAUUCCGUUCUUGGGGUGCUGGUCACCUGGAGGAGUCUGGUCCCGGGUCCCAGGCUGGUUGGCGGUGGUGACCUUGCAGGCGAGGUGCUGAGUCACGUUGGCUCCGCUUGGGCCGCAAGCCCUGAGCUUGGGUCUCGGCCCUCCUGGCGCCUGGUUCGCUCUGCCCAUUGUUAGGGGUCUGAGGAAGACGCCCCUGCGGUAGGUGAGGGGCUUCUCUGACCGGCGUUGUCAGGGCAGGUGGCUGCCUGAGUGGGGGUGGGUGGCAGUGAGGGGCUCCGAGGCUGCAGAGUGGUGGGCAUGGAGGGGACGGUCUGUCAGGACGCUGCUGCCCGCUGGGCAGGCCUGUCUGCUGCAGAGCUGGUUCAAGGAGGUGAGGGCUCCCAUCCCAUGGGCCUUGCAUGGGUCUCUUGCCCACCUCCUUGGCGUUCGCCUCUCCACUCCACCUUUCUCUGUCCUGCUCUGUCCCCAGGGCAUCACUGGUUCCUGUGGCCCCAGCUUCCAGCAGGAUUCGGCCAGUGGGAGGCACUGGCAGGACAAGUGGGGAGAGAGGUUCGGGUGUUCCCCCCAGGCCCUGUCCCGCCCAGGACCGCAGUCUGCUCAUGGCUGUGCUCCCUCCGCACCCCCAGGGACGGCUCCCCCCAUAACCCCUUCACUGGCCCUGACAACCCAUCUCCUCCCCUUAUCCCUGCAGCCCAGGAGGGCCCCGGGUGCCUUGACGCCCCCCAUGCUGGUUUCCUUAAGGCCCACAUCCCGGUGACCAUCCCUUCAUGGAAUGCUCUAUAAAACAGCUGAGUCUGCCUUAGUUUCCAGCCAGGACUCUGGUUGACAAAGGUCUUUGGUUUUGUCCUGAAAGCCCAGCAGCCUGUGGAGUGUCUCAGACCACAGCUAAGGACGAGACCCCCACGUCUCCUGCAGCAGAGGGUACGUCCUCCAACCCAGGCGGAAUGAGCAGCUCCGAGGGAGACUGGGCUGCCUGUCGGAAGGAAGGAGGGGUCUGGCCGAGCUGCCGGCCCCGGGCCCCUCCCCAGAGGCCGCGGGAAGGGGCAGGGCCCUGGUGGUUUACCGCAGGACGAGGGUGUGGUGUCCCUUGGGGUGUGAGGUCAGACUGCGUCAGGCCUGCCCUGGGGUCGGCUUCAGCAGGUGGCUUUCGGGGGACACAGGCCAGCCCAUAACCCCCGUGCAGGCAGCGGUGAACAGACACACGACCUCAGCCGUCCUGGAGCCAGAGGGGAGAACUUGAGAAGGUGCCGUGAUGACAGCCCUGCCGACUUGUGUCCUCUGGGGAGACCCUCCCAGCCUCCACUGGCCACAGCUCCGCCAGCCCUUCCGGGAGGGAAGCCAGCCUCAGCGCCGCCAAAGGUCUCCUGGGUGUCCUGCCUGCUCCCGGACCGUCUCCCGGACCCUCUCCUGGACCCUCUCCCCACGCCAGCCUCCCAUGCCGAGGUCUGCCUUGUCAGUCAUUUCCUUUUGUCACCGGCUUGGCAAACAGGAGAGAAAACAGAGCUUCAUGGGCAACAGCAGCAACAGUUGGUCCCACGCACCAUUCCCCAAGUUGGACCUGGGGCUGGGGUCCCGACCUGUGGCGCCCCGGGAGCCGCCCGCCUGCUCCAUCUGCCUGGAGAGGCCGCGCGAGCCCAUCUCUCUGGACUGUGGCCACGACUUCUGCCCGCGGUGCUUCAGCACCCACCGUGUCCCCGGCUGCGGGCCGCCCUGCUGCCCCGAGUGCCGCAAGACCUGCAAGCAGAAGGGCCUCCGGGGCCUGGGGGAGAGGAUGAGGCUCCUGCCGCGGAGGCCGCUGCCCACCGCGCUGCAGGAGACCUGCGCGGUGAGGGCCCAGCCGCUGCUGCUGGUGCGUGUCAACGCCUCCGGGGGCCUCAUCCUGAGGAUGGGGGCCGUCAACCGCUGCCUGAAGCACCCGCUGGCCAGGGACACCCCCGUCUGCCUCCUUGCCGUCCUGGGAGAGCGGCACUCAGGGAAGACCUUCCUCUUAAACCACCUGCUUCAGGGCCUGCCCGGCCUGGAGCCCGGCGAGGGCGGCUGGCCGAGGGAAGGGUGCUCCGGGCAGGGCUUCCGGUGGGGAGCCAACAGCCUCACCAGGGGCCUCUGGAUGUGGAGUCAUCCCUUCCUGCUGGGGAAGGAGGGGAGGAAGGUGGCCGUGUUCCUGGUGGACACGGGGGACGCCAUGAGCCCUGAACUGAGCAGGGAAACGAGGACCCGGCUCUGCGCCCUCACCUCCAUGCUGAGCUCCUACCAGAUCCUCACGGCCUUCCAGGAGCUGAAGGAUACAGACCUGGAGUAUCUGGAGAUGUUUGUCCACGUGGCCGAGGUGAUGGGCAGGCAUUAUGGGAUGGUGCCAAUCCAGGUGAGAUACCCGUUUCUGGACUUGUCACCCCAGACUCCAACACCCCGGCUGCUGCUAUCAGCACCCCUUCUCUUCCAGCACCUGGACCUCUUAGUUCGUGACUCAUCCCACCCCAGCAAGGCGGGGCAGGGGCAUGUAGGCGACAUCAUCAAGAAGUCGUCCGGCAAAUACCCCAAGGUUCAGGGGCUGCUUCAAGGAAGGCAAGCCCGCUGCUGCCUCCUGCCGGCUCCCAGGAGGCGGUGGGCGAGCAAAUGCCACGGAAGCCCGGGAGACACAGAUGAUGAUGCUGGCCACCUCCGCGCCUACGUGGCCGAUGUGCUGAGCGCGGCCCCCCUGCAUGCCAAGAGCCGCUGCCAGGGCUACUGGAGCGAGGGGCGCCCCGCGGCCCGGGGGGACAGACGCCUGCUCACGGGGCAGCAGCUGGCUCAGGAAAUCAAGAACCUCUCGGGCUGGAUGGGCAGGACGGGGCCUGGGUGCGCCUCUCCGGAUGAGGUAUGGGGCUACGGGGAGGACGCGGGUGGGAGGCGAGCCGGGCUCCCCGAGAUGGAGCGGGGGGCCCGGCAGCGCCCAGCGGGGGAAAGGAGGGAGGCAGCCGGGUUUUGCCGUGGACAGAUGGCUGCCCAGCUGCACGACCUUCGGACGGUGGAGGCUGCCAAGAAGGAGUUUGAGGAGUACUUGCGGCAGCAGGACGUGGCCACCAAGCGCAUAUUCUCUGCGCUCCGGGUGCUGCCAGACACCAUGCGGAACCUCCUGUCGACCCAGAAGGACGCGCUCCUGGCUCGGCACGGGGCGGCCUUGCUAUGCACGGGGAGGGAGCAGACCUUAGAGGCCCUGGAGGCCGAGCUGCAGGCCGAGGCCAAGGCCUUCAUGGACUCCUACACCGUGCGUUUCUGCGGCCACCUGGCCGCUGUGGGCGGCGCCGUGGGCGCGGGGCUCAUGGGCCUGGCGGGGGGCGUGGUGGGCGCUGGCAUGGCCGCCGCGGCGCUGGCCGCAGAAGCUGGGAUGGUGGCCGCGGGAGCUGCAGUGGGGGCCACGGGGGCAGCCGUGGUCGGGGGAGGCGUAGGUGCCGGGUUGGCGGCCACGGUGGGCUGCAUGGAGAGGGAGGAGGACGAGAGAGUGCAGGAGGGGGACCGGGCGCCCCUGCUGCAGGAGGAGUGACCGCCAGCCAGAUGCUCCAGGGAAGGAGAGCUUCCGGGGGGAGGGGAGGGAUGGGGGCCGCUGUUCCAAGGGCCCCUGUGUGCCACACCACCCUGCUUGAACGCCCCAUCUGGGUGGUGACUGGUGACCGAGAAUCGAGGAGACCUCAGGGCCGGCGGCAGAGUAUGAGCCUGGACAGAGUCUGGGACUGUUUCCGUUGCAGACGACUGCUAACCUGCCUCUCUUCCCAGAUAAACUGGGCCCCAGGGUCUCCCGCCAAGAUCGUGGCCCACCCUCCCCGCCCUGGCUUAUUUCCCGAGAUGGUAGGGGGGCUAAGCGGGCGCCAUUCUGGAAGUCUCCCCUUCAGAGACGGGAGCAGCCCCGAGAUGGGUGACCUAGGUGUUCAAGGUUGGGAGCCCUGAUAAGAGGCUGGGGAAGGAGCAGGAGGGGCCCCCGGGCAAAGCCAAGGAGUCCGGGUGGUGCACGGUGGCCUGCCCCCCCGAGUGGAGACUCUUUCCAAAGCUACCCCAGCAGGACGGGGGCCACCCCCUUCUCCCGCAGCCCCGGGGAGCCCACAUGUGCACCGGGAAUGGGGUUCCCUUACGUGUCCCUCGUGGUCGUGCCCUUUGUCCAGCCUGGUCAGUGCCCAUGUUCUUUGUGGAAUGCCAUCCCAGCAACGGGUCCAAAGCCAAAGAAAACACCUGUAGUUGCAUUCUGAGCUACAUCGACAGCCCUCAUAGCAGAUUCUAUGAAAGUCCUGGGGGGACACAUCCAUGGAACAUGCCCGCCCCCCUCAGCCUAGGGGAGACACCUCCGUCCAUGUUAGCAGGAGACCUGGAUGCAGCCCCCAGGAGGACAGCAAAGCCCCACAAGGAGGGCUUCUAGGCUAUUAAACUGCAAAUGAUUAAUGGGCGCGUCAUACGCAAAAUAAAAUGUGUGUGCUUGAGUGUCA